AUGGAGAUAGUCACAGAUCCAAAUUUGAGUGUUCUUGAGUCUGAAAGGUACUGAUUAUGGACAGUAACUUUUCAAAGAUGAGUGGAUUGUGUAAUGAUAAUAGUAAUAAUAAUAAUGUAAAAUUGAUAAUGUGAAAUUAUGAUAUAAAUUGGUUGUUGCAAAUUUAUUAAAUUAUCAAAUUGUAUUGCACCUAAAUUGUAAAAUUUAUUGAUUGAGUUAAAUUAUACAAAUGUGUGCAUUGAUAAUAAAUUAGCAACGCUUCUAAUUGUACCGGUAUAUGUUCUAGUUCUACCAUUGAUCUUCAUAAAACAAAUAUGUCACUAUUCACUGAUGAUGAGGAAUCCAAUGACGAGUGUAGUUUGGAGGAGGACACCAGGUAUAACAAUUAUUAUGCAUAUAAUCACUAUACAUAUUACAUUCAGUCACAAGGUUUCACUGUAAUUAUCUCAUCUAGGGCCAGUGCUCUUCUUAUGGCGAGUAAAAUCGUCUGGCGUUAGAAAGAGUAAACACCAAAGUAGGGCGCAUCAGGGCAUGUUGCCGCUUAAUGGGUUAAAUACAGUGGUGUAUACAUGUAUUCUUAAAACAAGGGUUGCUCAUUGUCACUGUCUUGCAAUGCCAACAUGGGUGGGUAAGGGAUUACAUUUUUUAAUUGAACAAUAUUUUGCUGCAUGCCCAACCUAAGCUUUGGAAGCAUCUUAGUUUUUUGAAAUCGCAUUUCCUGCAUUUGCACAAUAGUUUUGAAGAUACAUUCAUAAAGGGGGCUCAAACAACCCAAAUUGACAUCCUAUUUUAACAAUGUAGGUUCAUCCCUUAAAAUUUACCUGUAAUUUUAACAGUGGGGGUCUGCCAAAUACACCACUGAUUAAAUAUUAUCUUUCUUUAACUAAAUAUUAUACAAUUCCUUUUCAGCUUAGAUGAGCUUACCAAGUUAGUACUUGAAGAUUUGAAUGAUGGAAGGCAAAGUUACUCAGAGUAAGAAAUUUUGUACAUUACAAGGUUAUAUCAGCCACACACCGACAUGGUUUGAGUCGGUGUGUGGCUGGUAUAAGCAGUUGUGCAAUCCAAACUGAAUAAAUAAGAAAAUAAAUCAAAUUGAUUGUGUCAAAGGCUUAUUAGAAUCAAAGUGUUUUGGCGGGUUUAAUUUUUGAAACAUAACCUGUAAAUAUCCCCUAUGGGCAACAAAAAAAUUGAGUCAACAAAAAAAUUGAAUGUAUAAACAUGGUAUAUGAUCACUCUGCUUCCAAAAUUUUGUUUCCAGCACCAAAUUGAAAGGUCAUGUUUCUGUUACAGUGAGCUGUGUCAAGUAAUUUUCAUUUAUAGUAUCAAAUAAUACUAUUAUAUUUUUUAUUAUUAUUUGUAGUUCUAUGAGAAGUAGUGAUGAUGAUACUACAUGUGAUGAACAUCAUGAUAUUUUCCCAAUGUCUGAUGAUGAACAGCAAUCGGAUGGUGAUGAGUUACAACACGCCAAUGUGGAAUAUGUUGAGCGACAAGAUAUAAGUGACGCACAACAGUCACCCAGCACUCCUCUGUUUACUUUUGGACCUCAUCAGAAGUUUAGCAAAGGGCACGAGAUAUACGCAAUGAAAGAAGAGUACAGCAUGGUGCAAGAAAUGAAAUUGUCUGCUCUCUUAAUUUACUGCUUGGUGCAUUUCAUGCUAAAUGCCAGACACCUGGGUGUACCGCCUUACCCAACAUCAGACAUCACUUUGUAG